CUGCUUAAAAGCAAAGAUCCUAUUGGUUGCUAUUGGUAACUGCCCCUGGGCAAACUUAGUGCUUUAUAUUGCAUAUGGGGAAAAGUCCAAAAACCAUUGGCGUUCAGUGGAAUGUGGUAAUUGGCCAGUGGCCAAUCAGAGCAGGUAUUUGGGUUCCUAUGAUGAUUGGGUCCAUGUAUAGUACAGGGGGUGCUUGUACACUUCUAUACACUUCUACUAGAAUUCUAUUUAUUGUAUUAUAUUGUAAUAAUAUUGAAUUAUACACUGACUUACUGAGUCCUCUUCAGCCUCCGGAUAGAACUGAACGUGGCAUCACGGUGCUCCUGAGCUUUGUCUCACCCCCACUUAUCCAUAAAAACUCACCUUGGCUCCACUUGUGACUUUGCAUUUGUUUUUUUGUACCGGGGGCAGUUUCCUCCCUCCGACUCUUUUGCCUGAACUGAGACAUAUUUUCCCCCCUCUUCAUCGGGCCAACGCGUGGUUAGGGGGCGGCUUGUUUUUGUACCGGCGCUGCCAGGAAAAAAGCUCAGGCUCUAUGUGGAAAACAAGAAGCAAUGUCACAGCUUUAUACUUGCCAUUUUCUUCAGUUACCUCAGCAAGAAAUAAGCGGCACCUAUAGCUCCCUAUAACACCCUAUAGCACCGUAUAGCACCCUAUAACACCUUAUAACACCCUUUAGCACCUUAUAACACCCUAUAGCACCUUAUAACACCCUAUAGCACCUUAUAACACCCAUAACACCGUAUAGCAUCCUAUAGCACCUUAUAACACCCUAUAGCACCUUAUAACACCCUUUAGCACCUUAUAACACCCUAUAGCACCUUAUAACACCCUUUAACACCUUAUAACACCCUAUAACACCUUUUAGCACCCUAUAACACCCUAUAACACCUUAUAGCACCCUAUAACACCCUUUAGCACCUUAUAAUACCCUAUAGCACCGUAUAACACCCUAUAGCACCGUAUAACACCCUAUAGCACCUUAUAACACCCUUUAGCACCCUAUAACACCCUAUAAUACCUUAUAGCACCUUAUAACACCCUAUAGCACCUUAUAACACCCUAUAGUACUCCAUAACAUCCUAUAACACCUUAUAGCACCCUAUAACACACUAUAGCACCCCAUAACACCCUAUAGCACUCUAUAACACCUUAUAGCACCUUAUAACACCCUAUAGCACCUUAUAACACCCUAUAGCAGCCCAUAACACCCUAUAGCGACCUAUGAGACACUAGUCAUUCUCGGCCGUGUGUCCGUCCACAGCCCAGGACUGCUGCCCAACAUUCCAAGACGAGCAAUACCGUGGCCUCGAUGGCACCCAGGAAGUAACAUUCCCCCGACACCCCGCGUUCCACAAAGAGGAAUGAAACCAUGCGCGGCCAUCGGAAACCUCUGCAAACUCUUCUCUCUCAUCUUCUCCACGUUCACGGUUCUCUACUUCAUCUACAUUGUGCUUCUAGUGAAGAUCAUCCUGCACGGCGACACCUUCACUUCCCCUCUGAUCAAAUCGGCCAAAUCGGAGGACGGUGCAUGUGAGGGAGACCUGGCCAAAGACAUCAUAGUGAGGCUGCACCGCAGCAGGACAUGCGUCAUCGCAGGGUAUCUGGAUCUACGGGGCGGCCGGGUGGUCCGUAUUGUUGGAAUCGCUCACCGAUACGAACAAGAGACGUUGUUCUGCAGCUUUUGUUUCCCCGACGCCAAUGACACCGUCGUGGCCGAACUUCAGGUUCACUCGGAUCACUUUGAAUUUCCCUAUGGGACCACGGACAUCAUCUGCAACGUGAAAGGCAACAGGGUGCCCCGCUACGUGUCGAUCAACGCAGACAAAGCUCCUCCCACCGUCUUGAAAGUACAAAAUAUCCAGCAAGAGACGUUGCCGCCGAAGUUCGAGUACAACUUCCUCGUGUGCAUUUCGGCUUUGUUCGGAUCCUACGGAAACAUCCUCCAGUUUGUUCAGUCCAUGGAGAUGUACCGAAUGCUGGGCGCCGAGAAGGUUGUCCUCUAUCACACGGACUCCAGCUCGACCAUGAAGAAGGUCCUACGUUACUACAUUGAGAAGAAUGUGUUGGAGGUGAUACCAUGGCCAAUCACCUCGUUCCUGAACGUUUCCACUGGGUGGCAUUACCCCGAGCACCCGGGGGAGCUCCAUUACUACGGGCAGACGGCAGCCCUCAACGACUGUAUCUACCGCCACAUGUACAGGAGUAAGUUCAUACUACUCAACGACAUCGAUGAACUGAUCGUGCCUGCCCUUCAUCAGGACUGGCCGGAAAUGAUGGAUUUCUUACAACGUUCCAACGUAACCGCCGACAUUUUUCUGUUUGAAAACCACGUCUUCCCCACCACUUUGCAAGACAAAAGGAAUUCCCGGACUCCGACGGAAUGGAGCUCUGUACCAGGCUUAAACAUUGUCCAUCACGUCUCCCGGGAACCCAAUCAACCCGACGAGAUUAACCCCACCAAGAUGAUCGUUAAUCCGAGAAGCGUGGUCUCCACGUCGGUCCACGUGGCGCUGGAAUUUACCGGCGACCAGUACCAAGUGCCUAUUGACGUGGCAAGGCUUUGUCAUUACCGGGAACCAAAGCAGAAAGACCUGGCCAAAGAAUUCCUCAUCGAAGAUACAAUACUGGCUAAGUACGAGAGCAACUUAGUUUUACGGGUGAAUAAGGUAUUGGGGGAAAUAGGGCUACUCAACUCAGGGCGCAAAAAACGAAGGAAACCUCCUAAGUAAAAGCCUCGGUAGUUCCUUGUGGUUUUUUUUCAUAGACAUUGGUUGGACAUUGGAGAAGGCUUGGGUUCUUCUACGGACUUACAACAAGGACAGGUGCAAUGACCCUCUUUAUUUGAGUGUACAAUCCAGUAGGAGCCAUUUUGGCUGGUGUGAAAAGACUUGUUGGACCCUACACUCUGAGAUCAACAGACCGUUGAUGAUUCUUUCACUGUGCUGAUUCCUGCGAUGCCUCCAGUUUAUACCAAAAGUUCUCAGGUUGACUCCGGAGGCACCAAAACACACUGCUGCCUCUGUUAAAGGGACAGUUCACCUUUAAAGUUAACUUUUUAGUAUGUUAUAGAAUGGCCAAUUCUAACCCACUUUUUAACUGGCCUUAAUUUUUUCUUUUAUAUCCUUUUUGAAUUAUUUAACUCUUUCCAGCUUCAAAAACAGG